AUGGGCCGCCACCAAGGGGCCCGGCAGCAUCAAACAGAUACCGAAGCCCACCAGCGAGAAGAGGUGGUUUUGGUGGAAGCCGACGAGGAACACAAGACAAUACAUAUGCGCCAAGAUCCAACUACUCCCGUUCACCAUCACCACAGAGGAGAAGACGGAGAUCCAGCUCAUAUUCACGGUCGCCAUCCAGAGGACCUCCCCGACGACGGUUCCCAGGAGCCAGAAGCCCUCCAAGAAGUCCACCGCGACGAAGACAAAGAAGCCCAAGCUACAGUUCUAGGAGCAGUUACAGCCGCAGCAGGAGCCGCACCCGAAGUGAAUCUAGAAGUCGAGGUCGAUACGGAGGUAGACGAUGAGAAGCGGGCUUAA